CUUACGAGGCUCAAAUAGGAAUAGAACACAAGGGAUUACCCUAUCCUUUGAUUCUUCCUACAUCUUACUAUACUCUUUCAUACUCGGCUAGACAGAACGACCUUAUCGUUCUUCGGCUUAGCCGUUCGAAUACGUUCUGAGAAACUUAAACGUACCGUAUUCGAAUUUCUUCCCUCCUAUAUUCGACAACUCAAGAAAAAGACGCAUCGAAACAAGAGUGUGAUAUGUUCGUGGUUUUGGUGUCUCUAUAGAUUUGGUUUAAGUUUAAACUGUAAUAUGGUUUCAUGCUAUAAGGAGCUUAUUAUAAUAAUGUGUAUACGUUUUUGUCAACACACUAGCGUAUGAUUUUCUUAAAAUAAUUAACCCUUUAUCGCAUAAUGUGCUCCAGUCGGGAACUUGAUAGAAACAAUACCUGAGAAAUUCUUUUAAAAGAGACAUCUAAUAACUCUACAGAUACGGUUACAUGUUAUUUAGCUCGAUCUAAUUACUAAAUAAAAUAAAAUUAUAUUCCUCCAUAGGUUUACGUGCUUUCCUAAUACCAUUAAAAUAGCAUUUAAUUUUAUACGAAAACCCAAUUUAAUCUAUAAUUUAAUAUUAAUGUGCUUUUUACGCUUUGAAUUCAUAAGAAGCAAUGUAAUCAAUGUGGACAUUUAAGACAUCAGGCUGAUAAAAAAUGUGUGGUCCAAUUCAUACAACGUAAUGGGGAUGAUUGGAGUAGGUAAAGAAACUUUAUUCGAACUCAUGUUUGAAGAUGCUUUGUUAUUAUUCAGAUUUAAAUGUCCUGGCAGUCAAAUUUAAAUAGCCACAGUUGACAUAGAUAGCGAGAAACAUGAACUUCGGGUCACGUGACAGCCGGUGACAUGCCGUAAAAUUUAAAGUGACAACACAAUCACUAUCUGCAAACAACUGAGUGGUUUAGUACGUUGAAGUGUACUUAGCGUUUUUUCAAAUAGGAUAAUACUUCACCAAAUAAAGUGCUCUAAAUGAAAUUGUGAAAUAUGGAAGAUGAUUCGGAAGCGCACAUACUGGAUGAGAGUGAAGACCGUGAAGAAAGGGAAUUAACCGCUCAAAGUGCUUUAUUAGCGAUAGAAGAAGCUUGGUUGAACGAAAAAUUCGCACCCGAGAUUCUGCCCCAUCAGUCCGAUCUGGUCGACUGCAUGCUGCAACAAAUUACACACAUGGAGGAAAACAUAAAGAGGUUAGAGAAAGGGGAUUUGAGGUUAAUGAUUCAUAGAAUGGAGUUGGACAGGAUCAAGUUCGUGAUAUCCAGUUAUCUCAGGGCUCGAUUGGAAAAAAUCGAGAAAUAUACUAUUCAUAUACUUUCGCAGGAGGCCAACAGAUCUCCAGAAGAAUGUUAUUUAACAACUCCAGAACUUCAAUUUGCUAAAGAGUUCCUUGCCAGUAUAGAGACACUCUUUAGAACGGUUGCUUUGCAACACAUGCCUGGCAGUUUUCAUGCAUUCGAAGUAAAUAAAAUGAUUGUAAAGCCCAACAUGCAGGCAUAUGUAUUUUUAAGAGCUAACGAGAGAGUCAAUGGAAUUAUAUUGCCUGGGUCGUUGGAUGAAGAAAUUGAUUUUGAAUCAGGCUCGCAGCACAUUAUACAAUAUAGCGCUGUGGCGCAUUUAGUUAAAAGCGGUGCUGUUCAAUUAAUUUAA